AGGGAAUAACCAAGGAUUUGUCAAGCUCAUUGGCUAGCAAAAAAAAUGAUGAUAACUUUGUUGAGGGGCCGAGACUUUAUAUGACCGCGCUGCCGAUUAUGGAAGCAUUGAGGCGUCAACCGAGACACAGGAAACACUUAUUUAAAGUCAAUAAGUGUCACGAGAAGUACGCGAGCCUCUUAGAAGACCUUCAACACCUCAGGACACUUGGACUCUUAGACCUGGGGAUUUAAAAUAUAAUAAUGAAUAUCAAUAAAUUAUAUAAAUGUCACAAUAAAUGUGACGUUGAUAAUAAUAAUCAUAAUAUUGAUAAAGAGAAACUCAAGGUCAAGAAACCGAUAGACGAACCAUGUGGUUUUUUUAAUGGAGAUAAUCUAAUAAUUAAAAUGAAGGCCAAUCAUCAGCAAUUGGAAAUAAUUGGCGACGGCUGUCAACUAACGAUUAUAAAUAAUCAUGGAAAAAUAAAAGUAAUUGGUGACGGCGGUGUGAUAAAAAUACUGGGCGAUAAUUUUGGUGAUCUUGUGUACUAUGGAGACGGUGGUAAAAUUUUACUUGGACUGAGCAAUAAUUUUGAAAAAGUUAAGUACGUUGGUGAUGGUGGUGAGGUGAACAAUAAAAAAUUAAUCAGAGGCCUGCAAGCCAAGUCAUCAUCAGCAACUGGGUAUCAGAAAAUAUCCGGCACUGGUAUCAGAACAACGAGAGCACUGACUUCGCAGAAAAAAAUUACGACACCUGACUAAACUUCUCAUGGACCAGACUUUCCAAGAAAUCAUCAUCUGUAAGAUCCAGCAUAAAUUUUUUAAUUAUAAAUAAAAUGGUCUAAUGUAACAAUUUAUUUAUACCGCAAUCAGUAUUUAUAAAUAAAAAAAAAAAAUAUCUAUUACAUAGCCCAGGUUUUUUAUUGUAUAAAGGCACGUAGACUUGUUAUGUAUGUGUAUAUAUGUAUAUAUGUAUAGAUGUUUAAAAGAAAAUUAAUGAGACAUUCUAUGUGUAAAUAUAUCCCUUGGCCCCGGGUGGACGACACGCGUUCCACGCGCACUGCAUUCUAUUGCGGACACUCAAAACUUCCUCAGACAGAUGCCAUCACCACGUAUUUAAUGUUGAUAUAUAAAUAUAUAUAUAUGUAGGCUUACACACUCGCUAUUAUUACAGCGUGUAACUUGUAAGAGGGUGUCAUACCAAAUUCUUGGAGAUCUAAUAGAGGGGACGGUGCCAGAUGCACCGGAAAUUAUCACAGGAGGUCAAUCUCAAUCUACUAAUUCGCUAUUUUACUUUCUACGUCUCUGCUUUUAUUUACUCAACUUAACAUUUACUC